UUGCACCAAUGCAGCUCUGACCUGCCUUCCAGACCAGAAGGUGGCAGUAAUGCACCCACAGGUUGUUUGCUUUCCGCCAUAAUAAGAGAGAAUCAGUAGUGCAUCACGCUGCCGACAUGCUAUGUCUCAUCCUGCGUCAUAUUAGACAUUUAUAGUUAGAUACAACUUCUAUUGACUUAACUUGUUUGAGGGAACGUAAACAUUUUCAGCUGCCAUCUCUGUGAUGUUCUCUUUGUUUUUAAAUAGUUUAACAUUUGAGGGAAAGCCUGGGGAAACACGAAGCUAACAGUUAGCUUUAGCGCUCUUGGUGCGAACAGACGAGCUUUAGUGGACAGUGUCUGAAAAGAACAAAAGGAAUAUUUAGUAAGAUGUCUAAUGUCCAGAUUCUGAGAUCUUUAGUGAACCAGAGACUGAAUGCUGCUGUUGAAGAAGUUUUUGAGCUGUUGGAAAGAACGAUAGCAGAGUACGAGGAGCAGCUGAGAGCAUCUAAAGAGGAAAACCGUCGACAACAGAAACUACUGGACGCUGUUUUCAACUCUGAGGUCCAGCUAUGCAGAACAGACGUUCACCAGCUAAUAGGGAGCAGAGAAGAUGUUCUCCCUGAGCAGCAGGAAAGGAGCUCCAGUAUAAAGCAGGAGUUUCUUGAACCCGCACACAUUAAAAUGGAACGUGAUCAACUCUGGAGCAGUCAGGAUGGAGAGCAGCUUCAAAGGCCAGAGGAAGACAAUGACAAUGACAAGUUCACUUUUAUUCCUGCCUCUGUAAAGAUUGAAGAGGAACCUCAGUCCUCACAGCUUCAUCAAAGACAAACUGAAGAGAUGGAAACAGGAGCUAAUGGGGAGGACUGUGGAGGAUCAGAGGCAGUCAGGUACUUUGAUCCAGAAAGAGAUUUACAACCAGAGACUGAGGUCAAGAUUAAAGACUCCUCAGAACCUGAGACUUAUCAUAGAUCUGGCAGGAAGGAGACAGCACAACACCAGUCACAUUUAAAAUCAAUGAAAUAUGUUGAAAAGAAGAAAGGGAACACAGAUAAGAGACCGUAUAGCUGUUCUGAGUGUGGUAGAAGAUUUAACCAAAAGCAUCAUCUUUCAGAACAUAUGAGAACUCACACAGGAGAGAAACCCUUUAGCUGCUUCAUAUGUGGUAAAAGAUUUAGCCAAAAAGGUAACAUGAACAGACACACAGUAGGUCAUUGUGGAAAAUCCCCCUUCCUUUCCUGACUCUCCUCUACGUGUCUCUGUGCUCCUGCAUUGGUGGAGCCUCAGAGAUAAUAAAAGCAGCCAGCUCACCUGCUGCAAACCCCUUUGCUGGAGAACAGUGGAGCUGGCUGCAACCUGUGCAUCCCUCAACAUUGACUGGAACUUAAACUGUGUACCUGCUUUGUGAGUUUCCUUUGUUUUAUAUAAAUGACCUUAAAUAGAUCAUCUUUAUUUACUGUUACUGUUAAUGAUGUUAAGAGUUAGUUUUGUUCGAUAUGAAUCAUUUAAAUAGUGAUUGAGAACUUAUUCUGUUACUUAUGUCAUUUUGUCACCAGAUAAACCAGUUAAGUGCCAGUCAAAGCAGUACUUGAAUAAAUACAUUGGACUGGAACACAGCCCUUCGCUGAUGCGCUCUUUGUUUUAACUGACAAACCAUUGAGUUGCUAUAUAGUAUCUAAACCCGCAAACACCUCCUCCAUACAAGUAAAUAUUCUACAGUCAUACCAAAGAAACACAAAAAAACAUUCUUUAAGUUGGUUAAACUGUAGCACAAAAGGACAUGUGACCACACACAUAAGAAACCUAGACAGAGAG